AUGGUAUUUCGGGAUCAGUGCGACCGUGGUCGCCCGGCAUGUACACAAUGCCUUAAUGUCAACUCGGAAUGUACUGGAUACAGAAAUGCGAUAGACUUGAUGUUCGAAGACGAAACUGGGAUUGUGACACGAAAGGCCAGAUCGCACGUUUCAAAAUCAGUCUCGUCUAAAAGAGACAAUAAUCCCCAGGCACUAUUUCCCGCGCCGCAAUUGCAACUACUUGUGGAUCCACCUUCCGUUCAAGCAAUCUCGUUCUUUACGUCGGCUUAUUCCGGCGGAUGCUAUCUAGACUGGCUGCCGUCGAUUUAUUUAUCUCAUAAGCGCUCUGCUUCGCUUGAGGCAAGCUUUGAAGCAGUUGCGUUAAGCUACAUGGCAAAUCAACAACAACGGGGAGACCUACAAAUUCUCGCGCAAGAGAGAUAUGGCGUUGGGCUGGCUCAAACAAUGAGUUUAUUGACAGGGCACCAAUCAGCUUCCCCAGAAACCAUCGCCUCUAUUUUAUUGCUGGCACUAUUCGCUGUUCUCUCAUCGGAGUCUUAUCAGGACGCACAAAGCACUUGGUCAAAACACGUCCACGGAAUUGUGGCCAUCUUAGAACCAUCCUCGGCUCCCGCGAUAUUCGACAGCUCUGCCGGCCAAAGCCUUCUCCACCAUAUAAUUUCUAUUGUACAGAUAGAUUGCAUACAGCGAGGAUUGCCAUUUCCACCUUAUCUCAAACUCCUCUACUCGGUUUCCUGUUUAAAUGAAGGAUAUCAAGCGUAUUUCUGGAUUCUGCUUGACCGUCUGGCUACGUUGAACUCCCAAUUUGAUGAGGAGCAAGUCUCGCUCUCCUACAUUGUGAAGCUAGAGGAAUUGGAGAAGGAGGUUGAACAUUUAAUUAGCUCAAUGCCUGCAGCAAAUCCCGGUCACUUUUCUUUCCAAGAGAUUCCAAACAGUCAUAUUGUCAAUGGAAGCAUCCUUCAACCGUUCAUACCGGUUCAAGUAUUCAGUGGUUGGCGAAGCGCACAAGCCUGGAAUACUCUACGCAUGAUACGACUGUACAAUAACAACCUUUUACGACGGAGCAUCACUGGCUACCUGCCACCUAAUGCGAUCCCACCCGAGACUGUUGACAAACUUGAGAUGCUCUUACAUCAUACAUCUGUGGUUGCAUAUCAUACAGCAGUGGAUAUGUGCGCUACUGUACCAGAGAACUUACGACCGGAAUACUGGUCAAAAGAUCCCGAUCCCGAUACCAGCCUUCACUUUUCUUCAUGGGCGCGCUCUCUCAUAUGGCCUUUGAGUUUAGCUGAGGGAUCGCCUCAUGGCUCUGAGAGACUUCACGAAUACUUAAAGAGACAAAUCGGAGUACUGGGAGCCAUCACUGGCAUGCGGGGACUACAUAAAAAGUCCACUUCAUUGCCUACAAAAGAUGAUUGGUAA